AUGGGCAGCGUGCGGGGGCCGCGCGGGGCCGCGCUGCGGGCGCUGCUGUCGCUGGCCACCGGGCUCCUGGCGUGCGGCGGGGCCAGCGAGUACGACUACGUCAGCUACCAGUCCGACCUGGGCCCCUACCCGGGCGGGCGCUUCUACGCCAAACCGCACCAGUGCGUGGCCAUCCCCCCCGACCUGCGGCUCUGCCACAGCGUGGGCUACGACAAGAUGGUGCUGCCCAACCUGCUGGACCACGAGACCAUGGCCGAGGUGAAGCACCAGGCCAGCAGCUGGGUGCCGCUGCUCAACAAGAACUGCCACAUGGGCACCCAGGUGUUCCUCUGCUCCCUCUUUGCCCCCGUGUGCCUGGACCGGCCGGUGUACCCGUGCCGCUGGCUCUGCGAGGCUGUGCGUGACUCCUGCGAGCCUGUCAUGCAGUUCUUUGGCUUCUUCUGGCCCGAGAUGCUCAAGUGUGACCAGUUUCCCCAGGACGACGUCUGCAUUGCCAUGACGGCUCCCAACGCCACCGAGGUCUCCAGGCCCAGAGGAACAACUGUGUGUCCCCCCUGUGACAACGAGAUGAAGUCAGAGGCCAUCGUGGAGCAUCUGUGUGCCAGCGAGUUUGCUCUCAAGAUGACCAUAAAGGAAGUGAAGAAGGAGAAUGGGGACAAGAUGAUCAUCCCCAGGAAGAGGAAGGCGCUGAAGCUGGGGCCCAUCAGGAAGAAGAACCUGAAGAAGCUGGUGCUGUUCCUGAAGAACGGCGCCGACUGUCCCUGCCAUCAGCUGGACAACCUCGGCCACUACUUCCUCAUCAUGGGCCGCCAGGUGAAGACCCAGUACCUGCUGACAGCCAUCUACAAGUGGGACAAGAAGAACAAAGAGUUCAAGAAGUUCAUGAAGAAGAUGAAGUCUCCCGACUGCCCGACGUUUCCGUCCGUCUUCAAGUGAUGGCUGGGACGCGGCGCAGCCCGGCUCCUCCGCAGCUGGGACGCUGGAGCCCGGCCCUCCUGCUCUUCCCUCCUGCUCCUUGGAGCUUCCCUGGCUGCCCCCAGCCCUUCCCACCUCCCUGCUGCCAGCGUUUGCCCGAUUGCCCGGGCGUGUGGGUGCGUGAGGUCACGCGCCGCCUACGUCCCACAGCGCCCGAAGACCCGUCGCCGUCCGCAGCCGAUCGCAGCUCUCAGGUGAAGAGGGCGAGCAGAGGGGUGUGGAGUGAGGGCAGAGACAUCACAGGCUUGCAGAAAGGACCUUUGUGACCACGUCACUGCCAUCUUCACGGCUCUCAAUUCAUCCCAGUUUGAGCCAGAGCCAGACAGACAAACGUCCCGUCUUCACGCUGCAAGUUAAUGAACAAGUAGUGGGAAGCUGUUCCCACCUCUGAUGGAACCUCCCGCUGCCCAACUGCCCUCACUGUAAAACACCACCAACAGAAACCCCCUUGUAGUCUAAGCCUGCUUAGUUUAAGCCUUAACCCCGGGGUCUUUGUGAUCAGCUGCCUCGGGGAGCGUUCCCUCACCAGCACCUCGUGCCGCUGGGACGCCUGCCCUGGCCGCUGCCACGCCGAGCCCUCGAGCCCCUGCUGCUCCUUCCAGCAGCCCCAGGCUCCUCAGGGGAGAGCUCGUGGCCCAGCUCCUCCAGCUUGUGUCUCUCCUUAACUUCACCAGUGGCACUUUCCUAGCUGCACCAGCUUGCAGGAGGGCUUGUUCCCGUGGAGUGCCACGGGCAGCGCCUCGUCGCUGUCCUCCCCCCGCUGCGGUGGCUGUGGGACCUUUCAGUGUCUAGCUUUUUGUCUGUUUGAUGUGUGGCAGCUUGGCUUUGCAUCAUUCUGGCUUUGGGGGUUUGGGGUGGUUUUUCUUCUUCUUUCCCAGCUCAAACUGUCACGUUAGAGUGAGGUCAAACAGCUCAUGAAAGACAAAGGACAACACAUCCAAGUGGUCGCGUUCCUGGCCAAGCUGAGAUUGGUUGUUCCAUUAAUUGGAGGAGUUCUCUCAGUGGAGAUGUGGAUCCACGUGAAUUACACUGUUGUGCUUCCAUUCAGUGUUCUCAUCCAUCACAGUUACCCAAAGACAACAAACAUCUUGCAUCUGAGGUGAUCCUGUUGUGUUGCAGUUGAGCGAAGUAACAGAUCCUCGGGUCUGAGGUUUAAACCAACCCCACUCCAAGCUGGGAAAUCAAUUACUGCUCAGCUCAGGAGUGCUGUUUAUUCCCCACCUGGGACUGGAGCCCUGGACUUGCUUGGAGAGGAAUGCUGUGCAGGAGCCAAGCGCACUGAGGAGUGAUGUUCCACAGCUAACAGAUGGAUUUAGGAUGUGAACUCUGUAGAGAAGUCCCACUAGGUUGUCUUAGGCCACCAUUUGUAGUAGUUGUUGUUCUUUUGAUGCAGAAUUAAUCCUUGUAGAUAAUGUGCUUUAUCAGUGAA